AUGAGGGAUGAGAGGCGGGUGGUGUCCUGGAGUUUUGAUGAUGCGAGUGGGGAGGCCAAGGCUGCGCUAACCAAGGAAAACAGGCUGGUCAUCCUCAGCGACGGUUGCAGCCUAAGUAAAGUGACCCUAUUUGAGGCAUUCGCCGGAAGGGAAACACAGUUCUUCAGAUCUGCCCCGGUGGAGGUGAGCGGGGAGCUGCGUGCCAGCGCAGAAAAACUUCUGUGCCCCUCAUCAACACCAACUGCCACAAAAGACAUGAAGAGUCAGGAGGGGUUCCUGACCUUACAGGGAGAGGUGGUGGAGAUCUCUGCAGUGAAAAAAAUUAAAGUUGGAAAGGACAUGGUGCCCAUGAAGACAGUGGUGCUGGAGCAGGACAAAGCACAGGUGUCCAUCAGCCUGUGGAGGGAGGCAGCCCUGUUCUCCUUUGCAAUAGGGGACGAGGCCAGGCUGACCCACCUGAAGGGACACCAGUCCUCUUAUGGGUACCGUGUCCACUCAACACAUUUUACAGUUUGUGAGGAGACCGACAGCGUGCUGGUUGUCAGUGCCCUGGGGACCAUCGAGGUGGAGGGUAAAGAGGGGGUGCUGAAAUUACUGGUUGAGAGGGAACAGGUCUACGACAUUGAGGAGGAGCUUUGGACCCCUCUUCAGGGGAAAAUGGUCAAGCUGCCAUUUUAUGUAAAAAUAACAGUGAAGGGGAAAAGGGUCACCAAGGCUGAGUUGGUGAAGGGGGAGGAUUAA